CUUGAAUACUGCUCCUUCUUCUUAGGCAAAGGAAGGUGAGGGCGCAUACUUUGACGAUUACUGCAACUGGUCAAGGAUAGAAGAGUUUCGUGACUAUGUAUUCAACUCUCCCGCUGCCUUCCUGGCUGCCACAUUCAUGAGAUCGUCGGAAGUAUCGUUCUACCAUGAACAUGUACUCAAUAAAGAACCUGGCACGUCAAAACGAACGCCCUGGCACCAUGAUCAGGCAUACUACCCUAUUGACGGCGAAAAGGUGUGCUCGCUUUGGAUGCCAGUCGACCCCGUGCCGAGACAAACAUGCGUGCAGUUCGUAGCAGGCUCUCAUUUGUGGCCGUCUUGGUUCUAUCCCCGAAAGUUCGCUUCCGGAAUGAAUUAUGCAAUAAAGGAAAAUAAAGAAGUGGAAGAUAAAAAGAGGAAGUGCUUUGUUGACCUCCCCAUCCAGGACAUAGAGGCCGGAAAGUGGCCUUUAUUGCAAUGGGAAUGCGAG